UGCGCUGCUUCUCUCUCUGCCUCUUCAUGCCCCCUUUCACAUACAGAUACACAUCCAGUGCUGGGUCAGAGGCUUCCUAAUUUCAUCUGAAAUGAGGGAAUGAGGGAGGGCAAGCAGGAGGGAAGAUAAAAGAGGCAGUGGAAGAGAGAGAGACAGAAAGCUAGAGAGAGAGAGAGAGAGAGAGAGAAAGAGAGAGAAAGAGAGAGAGAGAGAGAGAGAGAGAGUGCGCAAGGCAGAGGAUGCGGAUCGAUAUCUCUUGCUGCUUCAGCAUGUAAAGAAGCGAGCGAAUCAAAACAAACCAGGAGAAGAAAGACGAGUAGGAGGAGAAGAGGAGGAACAGAGGACAGAGUCAGUCUCUUUGAGCAUGGAUUCUGCUUCUCUUGCUCUCUAUGACCAGAGCACACAUGAGACGAGCCUGUUCUUCCGCUCUCAUCAUGUGAGAUCCCUGGCUCUCUCAUUCUCCGGAAUGGAUCCUCAGAUCCAUGGCACAAGGAAGAGGAUGUUUCUCUCCAUGCUCAAUGCAGACGUACCACCCCGAACGAAUGGCAUGAUUUGUGCUCCAGAGUCCUGCUGAGCCGGUUGUUGUGCGAUGGGAAGACGGGCGGCUGAUCUGGCCACUCCUGUGCCAGUGUCUGAAGUGCCAGCUUUGGUGGGAGUUCGCGAUUGGAGGACAGCCAAUGGAGAGGCAGGAUUUACCUGUUCUCACCAGUGUAACGUCGGGGUACAAACAUCUCCAGCUAUACGGAGCUGCCAAGAAAGCCGUCCUGUCAUCCAGUCAGAAAAGAAGAUGACCAUGCCACCCAAUGGGCACAUUCUAGGAGAAGUGGAGGGCAGGAACGGACAAAAAAGGAGUGCUUUCUUUAAACACCGGAGCCUUGAAAAUAAGGUAAAGAAGGGUGUAACGUUCCAAGGUGUGGGUGAUGAUGAUGAUGAUGAUGAUGAUGAUGAUGAUGCAUGUAAAGGCAAUAAAGCUGAGAUGCACUGUGACACUCAGACAAUCCAAACCAACUCACAUCGGUCCAAUGGACGUGUUAAAGGAAAAAAGGAAUUUCGCUUCACCAACGGAAGUGUGGUCGACUCAGAGGUGAUGGGCGGGAUCAGCAGUGACAUCAGUGAAGCCAAGUCAUCGACUUCACGACUCAAACCUACAGUACACUCUGGAAAGAGGAAGGUUCCUCCAUGUUCGCCUCCUCACAGAUUCCCAUUGAGGAUUUGCAGCAAAUGUGGCGGGAGGCAGAAUCCAGUGGCUGCGGUUCUCUUUACCACCACCAGGGACACCUCUUCACCAUGUUCUGCUGGCUCAGAGAGUCUAAGGUCUAGCCCUGCAGCUCCUCUGGUCUCAGGAAAAGAAACAGGAGCUUCUCUUUCUCCUCCAAACACUGACACUGAAUCUGAGAAAUACAGAGUUAUGCAAAUGAACAGAGGGCCUGUGGUGACGUGGCCUCCUUCUAACCCAAACAGCAACCAGCUAUUAUCAUCCACACAUGAGGAAGAAGCAUUAAAGCUCUCAAAACAUCAAUCAAGCUGGAGAUACACUGGCCAUGGCCUUCCACACAUAUACAGGGACACUCCAGUUAGUCACACGUCAUCUACAUAUACACACACAGUUGCCAGGAGUGCAAUUCAGGAGACAGGCAUGCACACACACUCAGACCUCUGCUCUCAUAAGCCGCCCUCACUGUCACACACACUCAUGGUCCAGGAACCAAGACCCUCUACUCUCACUCCAUACUCACAACAAAAUUCCAGCCUUAAAACAGACUCCCCAUCCAUCGUCCUGAAAGACACAGACUCCACACCAAAGAUAAAAUCACACACACAUAGCAAUAUCCUGGCACACACCUCACACUUUGCUCUGUCUAAUCAUGCUAACAUUCUUACAAAGGCUUCAGCAUCUGACCAUUCACCUGUAAUCACUAAGAAUCAAAGCUUAGGACAGACCACCAAACCUUUCAAGACUUCACACCCUAGCAGAGACACCCAAGUCUCAAAUGGAUUAGAGACUGUGAAAAACACACACUCGAGGCCUUCAAGCUGCUUGCAUGCAAAUCCGAGUGCUAAACCUCAAAGCACAUCACAAAUCCGUUCCACCACACAUCCUAAACCCACCACAGACAGCACCAAAUAUCAACCUACACAAACACACUCUCUGACCACUGACACAUCCACAGCCAUAUCGCUUUGCACAGCCUUGUACUCCAAACCUUCCAUACCACUUCACUGCUCUCUUCCACAUACAGAUGCCAAACCACAACAUAUUUUAAAGAAUCAACAAUCAAAUCCUUCACACACCUCAGACAUGAAUGUCCAUACCAGUGCUUCACUUAACCCAUGUCCUGCCACAACACUGAGUUGUUUAACCCAGUCCAACACAGUUACAAUCACUCAAGCAGUUAUGGAAAUGCGUUCUUAUGGUACGGGCAACCCUAAAGUAGACACACAGAGUCAGUUUCUUGCACAAUCAGAGGCCCAAGUAAAAUCUGUGCCUGAGAAACUGGAGGACAAAGUUUGUAAAUCAUCAGCAACAAUUUUGGGCUCUGUUAAAUCUCCUUGUAAGGUAGCAACCAAGACUGUGACAGCUACAAAAAUAGGUUGCAAAUUUGUUGCAGACACAGAAGGUGGGAGCCACUUGCAAGCUAAAUGUGAACUUCUUUCAACUUCAAAAUCACAAACAGUAACACACCAGCAAUCCACAGCACAGCCUCCUGCCAGUCCUGCAUCUGCCAGAACACCUCAUGAUCCCAACACCUUGGGUUCACUCUCAUACCAACCUCCAAGACCUUUUCAUCCACGCCCACUGCAUCCAGCAAUUAAAUUAUUAAUCAAGGUUGCUGAAAACAAAGGGACAAAUAUAAAUUCAAAUCCGAAUCCAUUUCUACUUUCUUCCUCUAUGCCUUCAAACCAGUUCCAGAACACACAACUGCAUCAAGAGUUAGAGACUGCAUCACAGACGAGCAUUGUUUUACCUGUUAGCGGACCUGUUACGAAUGGUGGCUAUGCCCUCACACACUACCACCCUCCUUCUUUGGUUCUGCUGUCACGCAGUUCCCCCAAGAGCAGCAGGAGUCAGGACCUUCAGAAGAGGCUGGAGAGGGUAGAGGCCAGUCUGCAGGCCAACCAGGAGCGAGUCACGACACUGCUCAAUAUCAUCCAAGACCUGGAGAUGAGCCAUGCACUCAGCAAAGGACGCAGAUGUUUCAGAACUGGCCAGGAUUUAAGUGAUUGCUCCACCUGCCAGGAGACGGCAUGCAUCAUUUACAGUGUGGAAUAUGACUUCCGACAGCAGGAGCGACGCUUCAGGGAUGUCUUAGAGCCUCUGGACUCCCCGGUGAGAGAGAUCUGGGAAGGGGUUAACAUGGACAUGCUCUCCUUUUUCACCUUGCUAAAACAGAACCAGGCACCAUCUCAGACCAGCAAUCACUUCGAGCCAGGAAGCAAGUGUAAAGUGAAGAAAAAGAAACUCUGCAGGAAGAUUUUAAGCUGGCUACCUCGAAAGGUCCAAAGGAAGUAGAUUGGACUUGUCAUGGUUCUUUGCCUUUAUUUUUAAAUUUGAUUAAACAGACUCCAUUCUGCUGUGAGACGGAUUAUUAGAAGCAUCAUAUUCCAUCCACUUGAAUGAGUCUGGUAGAUCCAGAAAAAUAAAAAGACCAUGUGAUUUGUGAACAGGAAUUGCUGAAGUAAAACUGCACGACGUGACAAGAUCUUCCAUGCCAACUCCAUCAUGAUCCUUUACUUCCUACAUCAAGUAGUGACAUCAUGUAGGGAACGUGGCACUUCUAAAGACCAUUCAUGCUUGUUUAUUAACUUAAAACAUAGAGAUAAAUAUUAAUAUAACAGUUUCUUUGGGGUUGGUUUUAGUUUGGACUGCGAUCAGCUAUGGAGACCAGAUGUGGCCUAGUGAACCUGUGACCCUGUUGUUUACCACUUGCAUCUUACUUCAGAACAAUAAACCAGAGAUACAAAAGGCUCAAAAAUACAUCUGGGUUAUUUUUGGGUCAUGUUUUUGCCCAGUGCUAGCAUCAUGCCAGUACAUUAAAACCAUUUAAUAACAGCAUAGAGCUUCUGACUAUGGAAAUGCAUAUGCCUUUACACAGGUACACAUGUAGGGAUUAUGUUUAGAUCUCUUCUAUAAAUUCUGAAUUAUUAUUCUGAAUUAUUAAAAAAUUCUUUUUUUGCGUCUACAAAAAGCUGAAUGGAUAUAACUGAUUAACAAUCCUUUUAAAAAAAAUAUUAUAAUUGUAUGUGUGGCUCAGGUGGAAAAGCUUGGCAUAUGGAUCAGAGGUGUAGUCAAGCCUACUUUCACAGAUUCUCCACUAAAUAGCUGUUCUGCCUUAACUUAACGCAACUUUCAUUUUUGAGAAAUGUUUAGCUAAAAGGGGAUUUUCAUAAAUUUGUAGUACUGCUACAGCUCUAAGUUUUUUUUUUCAAAUACUCAUUUACCUAUGUCUCAUACAUAAUAAAGCUACAUACUGUUACAUAAAAUGCCUAUCCCUAAUGCUAAGACAUUUUAUCCUGCUACUAGCUAAUGGCAUUUAAUUACUUAGCUAGCAAUUGUUUACAAUUUCAAUGUAUUAUCUCUUUCAGUUGACUGGCAAUACCCAGUCGUUCAUGUAAUUAGCCUGGACACACCCUUAUAUCCUAUCAGAUAACUAUGUGUUCUGAUUAACAGCAUAUGUAUCAAUCAGGGGUAAAAAUGGAUUUUUAGAAUAAAUGAUGACAUGGCAGACAUUUUGUUAUGAGUUCCUCCAUUAUGCUGUCUUGUUGAAACUCUUCUUUAUACUCAACCCAGCAGUAAUAACAUUCUCAGACCAUACUGAGGUAUUCUCUAUGGAAUUGAGUUUGUCUCAGUGCUGCCCCCAGUGGCUUCUCAAGGAAACUGCAGAGUUCAAAAAGCUCAAAAUAAUUGGGAAACAUUUGGUGUUUGUAAAGAGGCUGAAUCAAAAGCAUGCUGGGAACACUUCGUGAUAUGUAUGAAUAUAUAUGACCAUAGCUUUUGGAGCUUAUUCUCUCCCUGUUUCUACAGGAGUGCUAACAGUGUUGCAGCUACAAAUCACAGGAUUAUGCGUUAGCGUUUCUAUAGUAACUGCUUAUUUACAAGGACAUGUACAGCAGAUGCUCCACAUAACCAGAUUAAAGGUCAUGUGAAAAAAUUCUCAUGGUAAAAUUGUAUGUAAGGUGUCUCCAAUCUCCAGUAUCAGUGCUCUGU